UUUAUGUCCACUGAUAAUGCCCGAAACGUGAUUGCAGCUAUAAAGUUACUUCCCACUUGGACCCAAAUACGAAGCUUCGCACACACCUUAGAUUUGGUAGUCAACAGCGCAAAAGCAGAAAACAAGUGUAAAAAAAUCGUAGGAAAAGUCAAUAAAUCUGAUUCAAUAAAAAAAAAACUAGACGAAGCUCAAAAAAUCAUGGGAGAAAAACGGCCUUUAAAACUUCUUCAAUUGACUGAGACAAGAUGGAAUUCAGAAUUUUUAAUGAUUGAAAGAAUUGUAAAAUUGAAGAUUCCAUUAUCAUCAAUAAUGGAAAAUAAGUCUUUAAAGUUUUAACAAAAAUUUACUGAGUCCGACUGGUGCUUAUUAG